AUGAGCCCAGUCGCAGCUCUACUAACAACAGCUUACGCCCAAGGGUAUACACCGGGCGAGCCAUGGUCCACUUUAACUCCCACGGCUACUAUCUUAUGUGCAGCUACCGAAUACAUUAGUACCUUCGGUAUCGCCAUUCAAACAAUUGCAAAUACUUCUGUCAAGGCUAAGAGAGGCCUUAUCUCUCAAAUCAAUGAUGGCCAAGUUCAGGCCACUGCUGCUCCUACUGCCAGUGGAUCCAUCUUGGCUAAUGGCAGUGCCGAUAUCACAACGACCUUGACUAGAACUUCUAUCAUUACAGUGAGGCAGGGAGCCACCACAACUAGCUCCUCGAUCAAAAAAUCUACCCCUACCUUAUCCCCAUCAUCUACCAUUUCAUCUGCUAUUGCCUCUACCUCUGCCUCCACAUGUCAAGCCACUGCUGCUGUGUCUUUGGAAAACAGCUCUUGUAGCGAUGACGGCACCUUGAGAGUAACUUUGAAGGAUGGUGUUUUGACUGAUAGCAAAAAUAGGAUUGGUUCUAUUGUUUCUAAUAGACAGUUCCAAUUUGAUGGCCCAACUCCACAAGCCGGUGCCAUCUACGCGGCAGGUUGGUCGAUUACAACAGAAGGCAACUUGGCCCUAGGUAACGACGACGUUUUUUACCAGUGCUUGUCUGGCAAUUUUUACAACUUAUAUGACGAAAAAAUUGGGGAACAAUGCAGUCAAAUCCACUUACAAGCUGUCUCUUUAGUAACUUGCUAA